CCAUGUUUUCACUCCCUCUAGUAGCGUUGCGACAGAGACGGAGAAUCGGAACGACAUGAGUGUAGAAAAUAAUCAUACGGCAGAAACAGAGAAGGAGCAAACGAAAACCGGCAACGAGACGAUCACCAUUCAGACAAAUCUAGGAGAUGAAGAUGAAGAUGUGCACAAAUGUGGACGCUGUCAGUCCGAGUUUACAACUCUGGAUGCUUUCAUCCAACACAAACUGCAUAAGAAGUGCAAACGACACGUAGAGGAACAGGAAACCGACAAACAUGCUAACGAAGAGGUUGCCGCAGCCAAUGGAAAGUCUACCUCAGAGGUGAAAACAGCCACAUCCAUACAAGAGAAGACCAGCACUAAUGACGAAAGCAGUAGUCAGGUAGGUCGAGGUCGCAGGAAGAAAACUGCUUCAGUGAAAGUUACUGACCAGUCAGAUGGGACAGAAGGGUCCAUAUCUGACAACGCUGACAGUGAAAAGCUUGUUUACAAAGUCAACCCAGAUGGGCGCUAUAUUUGCUAUCUUUGUGAGAAGACAUUCAAAACAACCAACAUCUUGAGAACUCAUAUGAAAACUCACACUGACCUGAAGAACUUCACAUGUGACCUAUGUAAUACCUCUUUUCGCACAAAAGGCUCCCUGAUUCGUCACAACCGACGUCACACAGAUGAGCGUCCAUAUCGUUGUACACUGUGUGGCCAAUCCUUCAGAGAAUCAGGGGCUCUCACCAGACACCUGAAGGCUCUGACACCCUGCACAGAAAAGAUCCGCUUUGUUCAGUACAAGGAGAUUCUGGUCAGCAAGGACGGAGUACAGAAAGGAGUCGAAGCUGAUCAUGCUCCCCCAGCUGGCCAACAAGAGCUGGUGGUUGUAGAGCAGCAACCAGAAGAGCAGGAGUUGAUGGAAACCCAGACUGCUGUUGUCAGAGUGGUAGAAGCUGAGUCCCAAGAGGUCAUCCAUCAAGUUCACUUCACUAUGGAGGUGGAUGGAACAACCCAGGAGCAACAGGUUGUGGUUGAGCAGUCACAGGCAGAAGCCCUGGCGGCGGCUGCAGCAGCAGGCGACAACCUCAUCUGCCAGGCCAUAAUCAACUCUGGCAUUGCACUAGAAACAGAAGAGGCAGUAGUGGAGGAGACUUCACAGGCAACUGAGGAGAUAAAUAAAGUGAUUUCUGCCUGUCCAGAUACGGACGAGGACGUCACUGAGAUCCAGGUUAAAGAGGAAUUUGUGGAGAUGGAGGCAGAAGUAAGGGAAACAGGUGAUGGAGAAGACGAUCAGAUAUCCACAAAACUGCACACGUGUCCACACUGUAAUCGCUCCUUUAAGGGCCUCAACUACUUCCGUUUUCAUGUAAAGGGCCAUUUAGGGUACAAGCCCUUCAGGUGCACAUUAUGCCAAAAAGAGUUUUUGACUGGUUACUUGCUCAAAAAACACAUGGAAGUCCAUGUCAGUGAGAGGAGGUACAAGUGUGGCGAGUGUGGUAAACUCUAUAAAACUAUUGGACAUGUACGUGAGCACAUGAGGGCCCAUUCAGAUGAAAGACCCUACCACUGUACCAGAUGCAACAAGGGUUAUAAGACAAAGAAUGCCCUGCAGGUGCAUCAGCGGACCCAUGGUGAUGAGAAACCUUAUAUAUGUCAGUUCUGCCUGAGAGGCUUCAGGGAGAAAGGCUCUUUGGUACGACACAUCCGCCAUCACACCGGGGAAAAGCCCUUCAAAUGUCCAAAAUGUGGCCGUGGCUUUGCCGAACAUGGGACCCUCAAUCGGCAUAUGCGUGCCAAAGGAGGCUGCCAUAAAGAAGAAUCCAGUGAGCAGCAGGAUCCUCCAACAGAGGAGCAGGAGCCAGUGGGAAACCUCGCAACAGCAGCCAUCAUCUCAGAGGACCCUCAUGCUGUCCUGGUGGAGUUCUCCUCUGUGGUGGCAGAUACACAGGAGUAUAUCAUUAAGACUCAAACAGAUGAGGAAAUACAGGAAGAAGAGGUUACACUUAUUCAAGACAGCCAGAACGAGAUGGGCAGCCACAUAAUGAAAGUAGUUCAGCAAAUUGUCAGCCAGUCACAUGGUGCCGGCGGCACAGGCAGCCACCAAAUCAUUGUGCGUAAUGUAUCUGCAAAUGAAGAGGGGCCGUCCAUCUCCGACUGCGGUGACACCAUCACCAUCGCUACACCUGAGAGCCUGACGGAGCAGGUGGCCAUGACGCUGGCCUCUGCCAUCAGUGACGGUACGCUACUAGCAACAGCGAGCACCGUGGAGACGGCAGAGGGAACAGUUACUAUGGUUACCACAGAGGAAGCAGUUGAAGAGGGAAUACAGAUGGUACAGCAGCAAGAGGAAUAUGUCAUCACCUCCCCAGAGGAGGUGGAGAUUCAGACUGUCAUCGUAUGAUUGAUGACGAUACUAACUAUGGACACGGGACGAAUUUGGUGUGACUGCAUUCUUGUAGCAAAUUUCUUUUGAGUUUGUAUGAGCUUCAUUUGUGGGUGAUUUGAUUACAAAACAAAGGCCAAAGUCUUACAAGUUUUACGUUACAAAAAUAGAACAACUUAACAUCAUUUUUUAUGUGUGAAACAAAGUGAAAGUGCAUGAGGCGUACUUUUAUUAUUUGUUAGAUUUUUAUUGAAAUAAAGCACUUGGUAUGUAAGCUACUUUGAAGUGGAUGCAGAUCGAAAAAGAUUAUUUGUAAGCUUUUGAAGCCCUUAACAGAUGCAUAUUUCCACAAAUAGAACAUGCCUGCCUGCAGUACAUUGAAGCCUUUUUUUCAGCAGCUACACUAUUUGUCUUCUGAACCAUUGUGUCUUUUCUUUGCUGCAGUCAAAAACUGAAAGUCCCUCUUUCUUCCGCUACUUAAAUGACUUUAUUUCAUUGCAUUUGCUCUCUUUUUUGAGUUGCAGGUGAAAAAUGUGAGGCCUUUUUACAGGCAGACCACUCCCAAACCGUGCACCUUCCUGCUGGUCUGAGGUCAGCUGGGACACUACAAAUUUGCCAUGGUACAGUGUUACAGUUCUGAGCUGGUUAGUUAUUCUCAUGUCAAAGUAUGACAGACAACAGUACACAGAAACAAAAACAUGGUUAGGUUACUCCAGUAAUGUUUGCAUCAAAUAAAUGCUAUUUUCUUACA